AUGAUUCGUACCCUUGCCCUGGUCACGGCACUCGCGAUUACGGUGAAGUGCCAAGACGACAGGAGGCCGUUUUACGUCAUCGGUCACAUGGUGAACUCCAUCCCUCAAGUGAGCCAGUUCCUGGAGCUCGGUGCCAACGCCAUCGAGAGCGACGUGCAAUUCAGCAAAAGCGGCACCGCACUUAGGACCUUCCAUGGACUUCCGUGCGACUGCCUGCGAAGAUGCAAGCAGAGCGCAAAUAUCGUGGAUUACUUUCAGUACAUCCGGAACGUCACCGGGUUCAGACACAGCCAAUAUAGCGAAAAACUUCUGCUCGUCUUUCUGGACCUCAAAGUAUCCAAACUACCUCCGGGGAGUAAAUACGGCGCUGGAGUCGACAUCGCCACCAAGCUUGUUCUACAUCUCUGGGACGGAGUACCGUUCUACGACAUGAUGAACGUGUUGCUGUCCAUCGGCCGUGCAUCCGACAUGGCCGUACUCACUGGAGUCAUUGACACAAUAAUAGGUUUCGACCCCAGCCUGUCACUGUUCAAUCAUUUGGGAUUCGAUGUGGGUCUGAACGACAAGCUUGAGAACAUCGCUAAAAUGUACGAAAGACUUGGUGUCAAUGGACACCGCUGGCAAGGCGACGGUAUCACAAACUGUCUGACCAGCCUGCGAUGUCCACUCCGACUGAAGAAAACGAUUUCCUACAGAGAUACCAACAAGAGAGAGAGUUACGUCGACAAGGUUUACUACUGGACCGUAGACAAGGUGGCGACCAUAAGGAAGACGAUCCGGAGGGGUGUGGACGCUAUCAUCACGAACAGACCAAAACGCGUGACAGGCGUUCUAGCGGAAGACGAGUUCAAAAAAACUGUUCGACUCGCAACCUACCGGGACGACCCUUGGAUGAGGCUUCAGAGUAAAACAACGGAGCGCAGACCCAAUGAACUUGAUUCAGACAUGGACGAAAUGGGGGAUGAAGCCAGCGAGUUCGAUUUCGAGCCUUUUUCCUACCCGUUGUCUCCUAGAAGACCACUCACUUCCCGGGGUCCUGCCAUACGAGAUAGUUACAGGGUAUGGCCACAGUACAAUCCUUUGAGCCCAUUCUACUAAGCCAGGUCACAAU